GGGGAGGAAGGGUGCGCGCGAGGCUGGGGUCUGGCCCUUCCUGGGGCUCUUCGCUGCUGGGAUCUAACCCCGCGGGUAUCGUGUUGUGGCGAGCGAAGCACCACAUACACGUUUACCUGCCGGCCAGGCGGCUGGAAGAGCAAAUCCUUCCAUGUCUGCUUUUGGGAGUACCCCAAAGGCGCACCAUGCUCCGGCCAUCAGUUCCAGCCGGGAAGGUGAUAUGUCUUUGAUUCCUGUUUCAGAAGGUAGUUGCACAAGAACAGUGCUUAUCAGCACCUGGCAAUAACCUGUGUGAGAAGUAGUGCUGGCAGAGAGGAACCAGUACCGUGUAGGCCAGGCUAAGAGAGGAAGCAAGGACACUCCAGGCAGAGGAGCAGACAGAAGCCUGCCUGGAGCCCCAGAUCACCCCUUCUUACUAUACAACCUCAGAUGCCGUCAUUUCUACAGAGACCGUAUUCAUCGUGGAGAUCUCACUGACUUGCAAGAACAGGGUCCAGAACAUGGCUCUUUAUGCUGACGUUAGUGGAAAACAGUUUCCUGUAACCCGGGGCCAGGAUGUGGGCCGAUAUCAGGUUUCAUGGAGCCUGGAGCACAAGAGCGCCCACGCAGGCACUUAUGAGGUCAGAUUCUUCGAUGAAGAGUCCUACAGCCUCCUAAGGAAGGCUCAGAGAAAUAAUGAGGACGUUUCCAUCAUCCCACCCCUGUUUACAGUCAGUGUGGAUCAUCGGGGCACCUGGAAUGGGCCUUGGGUCUCCACGGAAGUGCUGGCUGCAGUGAUUGGCAUAGUGAUCUACUACCUAGCCUUCAGUGCAAAGAGCCACAUCCAGGCCUGAGGGCAGCAUCCUCGGCCUUCUAUUGCUUCUUUUAAUAAACAGUUGCUAUCUGUCAUGAGUACAUUUAAGACACGGGACUCCUGUGUCUUUGGGGAGGGCUGGGAAUCCAGCUGCCCUUGUCUGCCUGGACAGUAGCGAUACUGAAUGGAUAAU